GGAGUCUUCUCAUGGUGGUGCGAUUGUCAGACCCUCGAGGAGUUGCAGAGCAUCAUCGGUGAUGGAGGAGAAGGGGAAAGGGAGCGAGAGAUGGGGCGGGGCGAUCGCGAAUCUGACCGAAAUGUCUUCGAAUCUUGAGUCCCUCCAAAAGCUUCUCCUGAAGAAAGCCGUGUUCGUCGACGAAGAGACCUUCGCCAGAGCUUCCCUCACCGCCGAGCAAGCCCGCACCAUCAAGAUUCUUCAACAAAGGGUAGAGACCCUGGAAAGAGAGCUCGAUGCUGCUAUUACAGCUGCUGCUCGUGCUCGAUCAGAGAAAAGGCAGGCCGAGACUGCACAAAAAGCUGCAGAAUUGCGUACUCAGGAAAUCACAAGAGAACUUGAGAACACCACAAAGGUAUUUGAGCUUCACAUGGAGGAGCUGCGGGCAAAGCAAGAAGAGAUUGACAAACGCGAUAGAGAUAUCAAACUCCUGGAAGCCAUAAUUCAGACUCUUGGUGGGAAAGGGUCUAGUUCUACCUUUGGAUAAAGCUUCGGCUGUAUAGUGUACAAUUGCUACGUUUUCUUCUUAUCUUUCUUUUGCCAUGAUUCCGAUUCAAUGGCUGAUCAGUUAAAGAAUUUUAUCCUUACAAAUUUGCAUUUUGAGACGGGGUGUUUUCCGACC